AGGACAUUUCGACUCCCACAACCAAACACACCUAGAAAGAAAGGUAACAGAUAGAUAGGAUUUGGAUGAGGCGCGCCAAAAAUCUCUGCAACUACCAACCACCGUCCAUGGCGUUCUCUCUCUCCUCCACCAUCAUCCCUCACACUAGGGUUUCCAUAAAUGUCUCCCUUACUCCAAUUCAACCUUUUUUCUCAACCCAACUUCCCUCAAUUCGAUCCAAGAGAACUCGCAGAGAACAAACAGUAGCUCCAAUUCGUCCCACACUUGGCCGCAUUCUCGCCAAAAACCCUUCAAUGGAAGUUAAAAACAGGCAUGAAAUUCUGACCAACUUAUAUACGUCAACUUUCGAAUGUGGAAGAAAAAGUUUUGAGAGCGCAGUUGCUGUGAUCCUUGUUUUUAUUCAAAUUGCAUCUCCAUUACCUUUAGCUUCUUGGAAUUCAUGGUCUAUUUCUCCCUCUGAAGCAGUACUUUAUUCACCAGACACAAAAGUUCCUAGAACAGGGGAACUAGCUUUGAGAAAGGCUGUCCCCGCAAACGCAAAUAUGAAAGCUAUACAGGAUUCUCUGGAGGACAUCUCAUACUUGCUAAGGAUUCCACAAAGAAAGCCCUAUGGGACAAUGGAGGGUAAUGUGAAGAAAGCUCUAAAGAUUGCAGUGGAUGAAAAGCAAUCCAUCUUGAGUAGUGUACCAGCUGAUUUCAGGGAAAAGGGCUCGGAGUUGUAUGCAUCUCUUAUAGAUGGGAAGGGUGGAUUGCAAACCCUUCUCGAGUGUAUAAAGGAUAAGGAUCCGGACAAAGUAUCUUUAGGUCUAUCAUCUUCAUUGGAUACUGUUGCACAACUGGAGCUGUUACAGGCCCCAGGGUUGUCGUUCUUUCUGCCUCAGCAAUACUUGAAAUAUCCAAGGCUCACAGGGAGAGGAUUGGUAGAAUUUUCCAUUGAGAGAGGUGAUGGUUCAACAUUCUCUCCAGAAUCUGGCGGUGAACCAAGAAAAACUGCCACAAUUCAGGUUGUUUUAGAUGGAUAUUCAGCACCAUUGACAGCUGGGAACUUUGCAAAACUGGUUGUUGAUGGGGCAUACAAUGGGGUGAAGCUCAACUGUGUCAACCAAGCAAUUAUCUCAGACAGCGGACUCGAUAAAAACAUUGGUUAUAGUGUUCCCUUGGAGAUGAUGCCAUCUGGACAAUUCGAGCCACUGUACAAGACAACCUUAAGCGUGCAGGAUGGGGAGCUUCCUGUGCUUCCGCUAUCUGUUUAUGGCGCAGUUGCUAUGGCACACAGUGAUGCCUCUGAAGAGUAUUCAUCACCAUAUCAGUUUUUCUUCUAUCUUUAUGAUAAGAGGAGCGCUGGCUUGGGGGGGUUGUCUUUCGAUGAGGGUCAAUUUUCUGUCUUUGGAUACACGACUGUUGGGAGAGAAAUUCUACCUGAGAUAAAAACCGGGGAUGUGAUUCGAUCUGCAAAGCUAGUGGAAGGUCAAGAUCGCCUCGUAUUGCCGGAUGAGAAUUGAUCUGCUGUCCUUCUGGAUUGGAACUUCUUCUCAUUCUUUUGAUUUCAUUGUCAACUUCAGAUGGCAUUAGCCUGGUUUUCUAUGCAGGCUGUACUGUCAAAGUUGCUGAUUUCUUACUUACCCAAGAAAAGGCAACUUCUUCUGUUGGAUGAUACAUUUGUAUAUUAUUUGUCCCUUUGAUAAUUAUAUGUAUUAUUUCUAAUCAACUUCCAAAAAAAAAUAAAAAAUAAAAAAUUCUUACUGCUAAUUAUGGUUGA